AUGAGUUCAGACAAUCUAGACAAUGAAGAUGAAAAAGACCAGUACAUGAUAAUUAUGGAAAAUUUAAAAGAGAUAUGUCCUCAAUUUGAAAUUGAUAAAGACUCAUUGAUGUUUUGGCAAGAUGUUUUACUGAAAAAAAGUAAUAAAUAUGGAGUUUCUGAAGUUGUUCCUCAAAUUGUAAAUUAUUCACCUGAAAAAGAAGGGCUGAUAAAUGGCGAUAGUUUGGAGUUAGUACUACGAAAUUUGGAAAACGAAGAUAAAGUUGAUGGGGGAUUCGGAUCAAUUGUGUUAGGGAUUAUUCAUUUUGUUAUAUCAUUCAACUAUAAUUAUAAGAUAAAAUUCCAUAAAUAUUUGCAACAAAUUAUCAAUUCAUAUCUAGAACAAUUGAAGCAAGCGGAACUGGUAACAAACAAUGCAAGUUAUAUUUAUCAUUAUACUAAAAUUAUAAUAACAAUGAUGGAAUUUGGAUGUAAAAUAUCAACUUUCAGGAAUAUCACAGCAUUAUUAACUUCAACAUCUAAUCCGACAACCAAAUUUCAUAUUUUAGAUUUAUUGGAUCAAAUUUGCGAAAAAUAUCCAGCAUAUUUCCCAUUCAUGUUAACAACUCAACAAAUAAACUUCCCAUUCGACAAAUCAAUAAGUAAAUCUUUUACCUUUUAUUCAUGGCUCAAACUAGAAAAAUUUAGAGAAAAUAAUGAUCCUAUCACAAUUUUCACAUUAUCAAGCUCAGACCCUGUGAGUACACAAAGUAAUUUAAUACUAAAGUUCCAAAUAAUAAAUGGGAAUCAAUUUAUGGUGGAUUUAAAUAAUAUAAUAAACAAGUCAAGAACUCAAAUCAUGUUUAAUCAAAUACUAAAUGAAUCUCCAGAUUUUUCGCAAGUUGUAUUGACAUACAAUGAAAAUACCAAUUUAAGUCUCUACUUAAACGGAGAAUAUAGUGAAAGCAUACCUUGUCCAGCAAUCCACAAUGAUUGUGUAAAAUGGAACAAAAUCUCAAUUGGUGAUGACAACAUGAAAGAUAACACUGAACUUUUAUUUAGAAAUUUUACCCUACUAAACACAAAUUUAAGCAUAGAGUGGAUUCAAUUUUUGUAUGGCUUGGGAAUUGGGUACAACUGGAUUUUCAAAAGUCAAGAUGUAGAAUCUAUACGGAAUUUGACUCAUCAAUUAAGUUAUAGAUCAUUAUUCAAUUACAAUACUAAAUUGUUCGAAAAAAACCAGUCACAAUCCAAUAAUAAAAGAACCAGAAAGUCAUCAAUUAGUAAACUUACAUCAUUAACUAGAGAAAGCAAUACUAAAGAAGCUCAAUCUCAUACAAAUAAAGAGUCCAUCACAACUUCAUUGAAUAAGCUCACGGAAGAACAAGUGCUAUAUGAUUCAAAUGAUUUUUUCACAGACAUAAAUUUUAAACAGAGCAAAUCUGAUUCAAAGCUACAGUUUUAUAACUCCAACAACGUUUAUCAGAACUUUCAUGUAUCCAAUUUUUUAUCAACAUUGUUACAAACUCUAGAAAAUUCAUUGGAUCUAACGGAUCCAAAAUUGAGAGAUUCAACAUUUUACAUCUCAUUAAACAUAAUAUUCAAAGCAAUCUCUAAUAAUUGGAGGUUGUACAAAGAGUUUCAAUUGAACAAUGGAUUUGACUUAUUGCAGCUCCUAUUUAUCAAAUACAAACUUGUAAAUGAAAAUCUAGAUUUUGAUCUUUAUGGUUUUAUUGAUGAAAGAAUUGCAGAAUUAUCUGGAUGUCGUGGUAUGAACUUAUUAAACGUCUUAUUAUCUUAUUGUGGAUUUGAUUUUGAAAAUCCUGCUGAUUCUGCUAUAGUUGAUCACGAGUGUUACAGAAUACUAGUAUUGAAUUUUGAAUUGUUCUAUGAAACAGAUUCCUUUGGAUUUUUAUUAUACCAUAUUCAAAGUCUAAUUACAACUUCGAAUUACAAAUCACAUAAUUUAAUAGAACUCAAAAGAGCAAAAAUAUUAAAAAGGCUACUAUUUUUUAUGCAAAGUCUGAGGUUGAAAGAUGUUGAAUUUCAAGAUCAAACUAAGGAACAAUUAUUGCAGAUAUUAAAAAUCAUACUAACCUUGGACUCUUCUGCAGAAGCAAUAAUGACAGUAUCUUCAUAUAUAAUUCAUGCCCUUUAUAAUUCUGAAAGUUCAACACUUUGUGGUACUAUAGCAUUGCAAGCAUUAACAGAUUGUCUAUGUGAUCCAACUACCUCAAUCAAGAUACUCAAAAAAUUCUCAAGAUCCAUCACUGUUCAUUGGAUCCUAUUGUUAUUUAAUUUUGAAUCAGAGAUUGUUGUAAAAUGUGGAAUUAGAUUAUUGGUAAGAUUGUUAAAGUUAUUGGGUGGUCAUGUUAUGAAACAAUUCUUUGUAAUUAAUCGGGGUUUAGAUGUAUUAACACUGUCACUCAAAUCGUGGUGGAAAAAUGAGAGUAUUCUAAGUACGAUAUUCUUAGCAUCUUAUUCAAUUUUUACUGAAACAUCACCAACAAUAAACAAUUUUAAAUCCGAUUCACUAAAUCAUAUUGAAAUGCCAGAAUUUUUAAUUUUAUUAAACAACAUGGAAUUAAACGCAAUGUACACCAUGAGUCUAAGUACAGGUAAACUAAUGGGAAGUACCCCUUCUACACCAGUACAACCUGGAUCCGCCGAAAAUACUAGUUUGAUUUUUGAUGUGAUUCAUCUGAUUAAUAGAUAUUUAGAUUGGUUGAAAAAGUUCAACGUAUUGUCUGAAAUGAAAAAAUCAAAGGAUUUUAUGGAGGGACUUGUUGAAUUACUAGGCUAUCUCAAAUUAAGUACAAGUUGGUAUGAAAAUGAUGCAAUACGAGAAAAUUUGAAAAAGACAUAUAAAAACUUGGUGGAUUUUAUUGCAGAGUUUUAUAUAUCUAACCUAAGUAGUCCAAAUUUUGCAAAUGGGUUUAAAAAUUUAAGUGAUUUUUCCAAAAUUGUAUUAUUAGAUUUAAUUUUCCCACAAAUUUUCAAUCAUGUUAAUGAAUUCAUAUCAAUAUCGAAUUUUGUCCACAAUGAAAACUACUUGUUUAAUAAUGUUGCUCAGUUUUUAAUUAUUUAUGAGCAAGAAUUAGUGUAUAAAAAAUACUUCAUUUCUUUUGAUGAUUUGACUACUUUUAUUAUUUGCAUCAUAGCGGUCAUUGAUUAUGGAGUUGGGAAUGAAACAUACAGACUUAAAAAUAUCUUGAGUGAAAGCAUUUUAUUAAACCUUUUGAAAAUAUCUUGUGAUGUUGAUAUUAUUUUUAAAUCAAGUUUCAAUAGUUUAACCAAAUUUUUGAAGGAGUUAUUAUACAGACAAAUUACCAUAUUAAAUAGAACUGUUUUGACUAAUGAACAAAUUGCUGUUGCAAUAAAAUUGAUAUUAGGUAUUGUUUUAUCCGGAAAUGAGAGUGUCAAUCCAGAAAUACCAUUCAACUUUUUAAGAACUACUUAUUUGCUAAGACAGGAAGAAUUUCAUGAUAUUAUAGGACAAUUAAAUUGUGAUAAAGCAUUAAUGUCUGAGUUUUUUGAAAAUUUAGUACUGAAAAAUGAUGAUGAAACAUUGAGUAAACUCAGAAAAUACCCGCCAUUUGUUAAAAGUAUCAUCAAAGAAUCACAAACUUUGAAACAUUGUUUUGCUAAGAAAGAAUUUAUGAAAGUAUCCAAUAUGAUUAGUGUUAGUCUUCACAACGGUGGUAAACUUGGCCAAAUGAACAGCAUAUACAUCAAGAGUUUUCAAAAAGAUUGUGAACAAAUCAAAAAAUCAACUAUGAACAAUGAACUGACGAAAUAUAACCGUACAGUUCAAGAUUUAAAAGAGAACACUGACCAUUAUUUCCAGAUAUAUCAUUCACAGAAAACUGAAACAAGAAGAAUCUUAGGUGAUAGUAAAGUAAAAGGUGGAUACACCCUAGAUUAUAUUGAGAAUGUCGAUCGAAUGAGAACGAGAUUAAUUGAAGAAGAGCAAGUACCACAUUCUGAAAAAUUUGGAUAUACGUUUGAUAUACCUUUAAAACAAGUUGAUGAUUAUGAUGAAUCAAAUGAAUAUGAUUUUGCAUUAAUAUCUAGUGAAAUUGAUACUAUGAGUUUAUCAAAAGAUGAUAAUAGCAAUGGAAUAGAAUUAGAUGAUCGACCAGAUGAAAUAGAUGCAAGAGAUAUUGAUGAAGAAGCAUCCAAAGAAUUUGAUGAUAAGAAUAGAAGAGUUAGUAGAAGCUUAUAUGUUGGAGAUAAAAUAAUGGCACUUUGGAAUAUCAGUAGAAUCAAUGCAUUGGUACCUGUUGAAAGUUUAAUGAUAUUAGGGGUUAGUCAUUUAUAUUUAAUUGAAAAUUAUUUUCAUGGAGACGAUGGAAAUAUAAUUGAUGUGGACGAUGCACCAGAAGAACAAAGAGAUCCAAUUUUACAGUUAGUUAAUUCACAAUCCAAAAAACUUGAUAAAUCAAAUUAUAAAACCCAUAGAUCGACCAAUUGGAGUUUAGAUAAAUUGAGUUCAAUUUCAAAACGUCAAUUCUUACUAAGAGAUAAUGCCUUAGAAAUGUUUUUCAGUGAUGGUGCAGGAAUUUUAAUAACUUGUUUAACAACAAAAGAAAGAAACGCAAUUCAUAAUAAAUUACAAAACCUUACUACAAAUAAGGGUAUUGAUUAUGAAUUAUCACAAGCAUUACUGUUUAAUUCAAAUUCAGAUACCAAUGGAAGUUUUUCAUCAAAAUUAGUUUCAGCUUUUUCAAGUACUUCAUUAAAUAAUUUACUUACUUUGUCAGCUACUCAAAAAUGGAAAAUGGGUGAAAUUUCAAAUUUUUAUUACCUUAUGAUCAUCAAUACUUUAGCUGGUAGAACAUUUAAUGAUUUAACUCAAUAUCCUGUUUUUCCAUGGGUUAUUGCUGAUUAUACAAGUGAAAAUUUGGAUUUAUCAAAUCCCAAAACAUUUAGAGAUUUGUCAAAGCCAAUGGGUGCCCAAACUGAAGCAAGAGCUAAUCAAUUUAAAGAGAGAUUUGAAGCGUUACAUAGCUUAGAUGAUAAAGAUGCUCCUGCUUUCCAUUAUGGUACUCAUUAUUCAUCAGCAAUGAUUGUUAGUUCUUUUUUAAUUAGAUUAAAACCAUAUGUUCAGUCAUAUUUAUUAUUACAAGGCGGUAAAUUUGAUCAUGCAGAUAGAUUGUUUAAUUCGGUUGAAAAAGCUUGGAGCUCAGCAUCAAAAGAUAAUACAACAGAUGUUAGAGAAUUAAUUCCUGAAUUUUUUUACUUACCUGAUUUUUUGGUAAAUACAAAUAAAUUUGAAUUUGGUAAAUUACAAAAUGGUGAAUCAGCAAAUGAUGUUGAAUUACCUCCAUGGGCUCAUGGUGAUCCUAAAAUCUUUAUAGCUAAAAAUAGAGAAGCUUUAGAAAGUCCUUUUGUUUCUGCAAAUUUACAUUCAUGGAUUGAUUUAGUGUUUGGGUAUAAACAAAAUGGUGAAGAAGCUAUUGAUGCAUUAAAUGUUUUCCAUCAUUAUUCGUAUAAUGGAGCUAUAAAUUUAGAUCAUAUACAUGAUGAAGUAGAGAAAAGAGCUGUUAUUGGUAUGAUAAAUAAUUUUGGCCAAACUCCAAUAAAAGUAUUUCAAAAACCGCAUAUUAUGAAAGAAGUUUUAAAUAUUCCAGAUUUUUAUAUGAGUUUAAUUGAUUCGAAUUCAGCACCAAAAUUAGAAUUUGAAUCUAAAUUGAAAUCACCAAUAGUUAAAUUAGAAAUAAGUUCAAUAAAUUCAAAUCGUUGGGUAGGUAGACAAAACUGUAUAUCAAGUGAAGAUAAUUUAUUAAUUCGAAAAUCUAAAAAAUCUAAAUUUUCAAGUGGAUCUUUAUUAAUAAAUGAUAAAAUUUUUGAAAAUUUACAUUGUUGUGAUAUUUCAUUUAUUUUACAAAUUGGAUCUAAAUUUUUUAUAACUUGUGGAGAAGAUGGAUUAAUUAAUGUUUGGAAAUGUAAAUUAAAACCUAAAAUCUCGUUGGAAUAUAUUGCUACUUUAAGAGGUCACUUUAAUUGUAUUACUAGUAUGGUUUAUAGUAAAAGUUUUAAAAUUGGAAUUUCAAUUGAUACUAGUGGAUUGUUGAUAAUCUGGGAUUUAACAAGGUUUAAAUUUAUUAGAAAAAUUGUACCUCCAUCAAACUUAAAGUUUGAAAUAACAACCAACUUAGUUUCAAUCUCAAAUAAUACUGGGAAUUUUGCAAUUUUAUAUGAAGGCAAAGAAAAUAAUUUACUUAAAAUCUAUACCAUUAAUGGUGACGAAAUUUUAAAGACAAAUCAAUUCAAUAAUUAUGAAAACAUAACAACAAUAGCAUUUGGACUAACAGAUUUACCAACACUCGAUUCAAAAUAUUCAAAUCACUACAAUCACGUCUAUUGGUCAAACGAUUACCUUGCAAUAUCAACAUCAAAAAAAAUAGGAAAAUUUGAAUUAACUUGUAUUAGUUCAAAUUGGGAACUCAAAUCUAUACAAAAAAUAGAUUUAUCAACCAAGAUUCAAGGUAAUAUUACUUCUUUACAAUUAUUUAAAUGUUCUGAAGUUGAUCAUGAUGAUAAAUUAAUUAGAGGAUUUUUUAAAUUAGUUAUUGGUGAUUCUUUGGGGAAAGUUUAUACUUUACAUUAA